CCGGCUGCUGGAUAGACAACCCUAGCCCUCCCGCUCCCGCUCCCCCCUCCCCCCUCCAAUUCCUUCUCCAGAUCGCUAUAUAAGACCUCGGAUUUCGAAAUUUUCCGCCAACUUUCCGCCCCGCCCCACCUCUUCCCGCCAUUUCCCCGGUCCUUUCUUCUCCGGCGCGGGGCCGGAUCCGGUUUUGGUGUAUGGCGGAGGCGGCAGCGGCGCUGGAGGGGAGCGAGCCCGUGGACCUGGUGAAGCACCCCUCCGGUAUCGUCCCCACGCUCCAAAACAUUGUGUCAACGGUCAAUUUGGAUUGCAAAUUAGACCUCAAAGCUAUAGCUUUGCAAGCACGCAAUGCAGAAUAUAAUCCAAAGCGUUUUGCUGCAGUUAUCAUGCGAAUAAGAGAACCAAAAACUACAGCUCUGAUAUUUGCAUCGGGUAAAAUGGUCUGUACUGGGGCGAAGAGUGAACAACAAUCCAAGCUUGCAGCAAGAAAGUAUGCUCGUAUUAUCCAGAAACUUGGCUUUCCUGCUAAGUUCAAGGACUUCAAGAUUCAGAACAUUGUUGGCUCUUGCGAUGUUAAAUUUCCAAUCAGGCUGGAGGGACUUGCAUAUUCUCAUGGUGCUUUCUCAAGUUAUGAGCCAGAACUCUUUCCUGGUCUGAUAUAUCGGAUGAAGCAACCAAAAAUUGUUCUUUUGAUUUUUGUUUCAGGCAAGAUUGUUUUAACCGGAGCAAAGGUGAGGGAUGAGACAUAUACUGCCUUCGAAAACAUAUACCCUGUACUGACGGAGUUCAGAAAAGUCCAGCAAUGAUAACUUAUGGAGGCCACGAGUACAAGCUUCCUUGAGAUCUUGCUGCCUUGUGACUGCUAAUUUUGUCGUCUGUACAUAUAGUCUGGAGGAGCGUACAGCAUCUUGUAAUUUAUGUGAGCCCCUCGGUGGAUGAGUGUUGUAGAAUGUAGACUUGUAGUGUGGAACUGUGGAUGAUGAGUACUCCUAUGUUGUUGUCUCGGGAGAUGGGAGUUCAAUCGAACGGAAAUAGUGGGGUUCUCUACUAAAUCUCUCUGAUUUUUUUCCCUUUUGCAAGUAGACAUGUAGUGCGACAUUUUACAGAGAUGGAUGGCUAACUUCAAGUGGCAGAACAUGUACUGUGGAUGCGUAAGAAUAAUGUGUAUUGUUGGAUGA